GAAAGCACUGAUUUCCUGACACCGACGAUGCGUAGCCGCGUAAGGGCGAAUGUGGAAAGCUGCUUGGAGUUCAAGGGGGAUUGAACCGAAGCUACAGUCAGAGACGGUUUUUGAGUCGGUUUCGUCGUCACGCAAGGGAAAUGUAAAAUAACGGGAUGCACGUUAUAGGAGUUAUCUUGAGUUUUCAGGAAACUGUUGUCGAAGGCGCGAGAAUGUUUUGGAAGCGCGAGGGAAAGCGUGUCACCUAUUUGACGGAUUCAGCAAUGCACUGAAGGGCACACGAGACACGAAAAACCGAGUGUUUAACUCGGCCAAAACCAAGAAUAAAAUCUCAAGGAUUAAGAUAAUUCCCGAUUUGUAUUAUAAUUUUUUAUUAAUGUAUUUUUUUGUCGAUCAAAGUGUCGCUUACCUGUGUUGAAUAUAGUUUCUGGACUUAUCCAACUAUCAUGCCUACACUUAGCUUGAAAAGUACUCAGAAUGCAGUGAAUAUGGAUGAGGAUGGAGGCAGCAACAGCGAAACUGUCGAUACCACGGCCAAAAAGAUGUUGAAAUGUGUUGUCGUCGGCGAUGGAGCGGUGGGGAAAACCUGUUUGCUGAUGAGUUACGCAAAUGAUGCUUUUCCUGAGGAAUAUGUACCAACUGUAUUCGAUCAUUAUGCAGUAAAUGUAACUGUAUCUGGGAGACAGCACUUGCUGGGAUUGUACGAUACUGCUGGACAGGAGGAUUACAACCAGCUGCGGCCACUCUCGUACCUCAACACAGAUGUCUUUCUCAUCUGCUUCUCAGUCGUGAAUCCAGCUUCCUAUCACAAUGUGCAGGAAGAAUGGGUACCGGAGCUCAAGUCCUGCAUGCCUCACGUGCCUUACAUCCUCAUCGGAACACAGAUUGACUUACGGGAUGACCCAAAGACACUAGCACGUCUGCUCCAGAUGAAGGAGAAGCCACUGACCUAUGAGAAAGGCCUCAAGCUAGCCAGAGAGAUUGGAGCCCAGUGCUAUCUGGAGUGUUCGGCAUUGACUCAGAAGGGACUAAAGACAGUGUUUGAUGAGGCCAUUCUGACUAUCUUCAGCCCUAAGAAACCAAAAAGGUGCUGUGCUGCCUGUAGAAGCUGUUGUGCUAUCAUGUGAGAGUUAGACAUCUCCAGCUGUGAACACCCACCCUCCUCUAAAGAUUCGUCUACACCACAGGGCAGCAUAACAGACCCCGGCCCCUAAACCACCUCCAGUCUGCUGCACAUCCUUCCUCUCUCCAUCUGCCCUUCAUCUGUAGAGCUUGUCGUCCCUCAGGUCAAUGAAUGGUCUUGCCCUCAGCAUCUGUGUCUCGUAGACACAGACAUUUGUAGAAAAUAUAGAAGGAAAAAAAAGAGUCCAUAAGAAGUGCCUUAAUCUGCGACCAGUACUCUUCUCGCAUUGCCUUGCAAGAUUCUCAAGCCAAAGAAAUCUAGUUCUGGACUGCUGUUACUUGAACUGACGUGGAGCAACGUCUCCAAUCUCCAAUCAAACGAAUAUCUCAGAUUCAGCUCUGGGCAAUUACAUUCUUUCAUGUGUAAUGUGGUUUCUCAAGGCUUAUGUAAACAAAAUUUAAUCCAUCCCUGCAUACAAGCUAUUUUACUCUCAGUCACGUCAAAUCAAUAUUACACUCUUUCUGCAGUGGAUGCUUCAGCAGUUCGUGCUAGUUAAUAAGGGAAAUUCUCUGGAGGUUGGCCAACUCAUCAACAGGGAGAGAGAAAGAGAGAGAGAUAAAGAGCGAAGUGUAUUUUUAAGACAAUUCAUUAAUCUUGUGGGUCAUUCAGAAUUAGCAACUUCAAGUAACAUUUACAAUUACUGCUUUAGUUAAAGCUUCCAUUUGAGUGUCAGUUUUUUUAGCCCUCUUUUUUGUGUGCACCAUAAACAGGAGAAACACAUCUGUGAAUCAGACUGCUUAAAAUUUGCUCUUUACAACCGGUUGUUGUUAUUGAUAGGGCUAUAGAUUAUUGUAACCAUUGCAUUCAUGUCCAUAACAGACAACAGCUAAAAAGAACAUAGUAAAUACCAAAUUUAUAUGAAACGGCAGAACUACUGUAAAUGUAUUGCUGCAAACUUUUCACGAUUAAUUAAUUGUGGCAGCUGUAAUCUUGAUUAUUUACUUGCUUAAUAGAGCGCGACAGUCUGGCUCCAGAAGAAAAAAAUAUCCCAUAGGCCAUUUUGUUUUACGAUAGGCUUGAAAGUCAACCUACCAUGAGCUCAGAGGUUGUUACUCGAUGGUAUAUUCUUCUUCUGAAACUAUUAUUAUGUGUUAUUUGAACUUUCAAAUAAAUUUGUACUUAUAUAUGUAUAUAUGAAGAACUACACUACCCAUAAUCCUGUCGAGAAAGAUCCACCAAUCAGAGAAUUGUGGCAAUCAAGCCCCAGCAAAAGAGCUUAUCACUUUCCGCCCGCUCCCGUGGUAUACUGCGAGUGGUGCAACCGAGUCGGUUAAGCUUAAAUAUUUGUAUAUAUAUAAAUAUUUUGCAAUAAACUUCAAAUAGAUUGAUUCUAUACUACAAAUUAAAACUGAUGGAAAAAUAUAAACUUCUGAUUUAAAGUUGUUGAUUACAUCAUUCACAAUGCUUCAUGGGAUUGUAGUUCAUUACCUCUUUAAAGAAGUUUAGUACAGUCUUUUUUACUUAUUUUGAAAUGCUUUUUGAAUGGAAAAAAUGCCUCCAGAAACCAAGACAGCUGAAAAACUGUGCAGGAACUGUUGUUCUCUAUUGUGCAGACCUAAUAACUACAUAAAGUAAACAAAGACAACAAUCAUGCACUCUAUGAAUGAAGCCUGUUAGUUCCGUGAACAGAUUAAGAGAAAAUGUAUCCUGUGGCAUAUGAUUGCCCCAUGAAUUAUUCGUAUUUCCUUGGGUUUACAAAAUUGCAAGGCUCUGAAGUGUACUUAGUCAUUUUUUUGCAAGCUCCAUCAGACCAUUAUCUUUGAAGAAUGAUGUGUAGCGCAAUGACAUCAUGUAAUGGUGCUCUCAUAUUUAUCAUAAGCAUUUAUAUUUUUGAAGGGGCCUACAUUUUAUGAUGCUAUCUUUUUAAAUGUAUCUGCCUACACAUUUAAAAAAAAAAUGCUCUCAUUUUCCAUUUUGCAAAAUGAGCCCACCCUGGUGAACAAAAUAAAUAAAAACCCAUAUUACUCACUAUUUCAGCUGACAUACUCAUGUGUUUACUAAGGACCAGGCCUAUACACUGUUGUUUGCCUCUGGCCAAAGACACCACUUCACUUUGCCCUUAAAAAAACAGCUCAAACACAAAUGGCUUUGCCCUCAGACUUGCCCCCUCCUCCCAAAAUGUAGUGCUCAUAAUGUAGACUGCACCACUGAUCACGGACUCUUGGCAGUCCCUCAGUGUCUCUUUAUGUAUUUACUCUAAAUAUGGUCACUUGUUAGCUAUUGUAUUAAAGAGUGUAAAAUGGUGAUAUUUAGAUAUUUUUGUUUUGUACUUGUAGAGUGACAGAAGCUAUAUCUGAUUGUACUGUCUCUUAUUGUGCUGUGAACUUCCACAUCUGGACAUCUGUGGACCUUUAAGAGCAUUAUCAUCUGCCAAAGCAAUGAACUCAAAUCUCUGCUGUCCAGCUCUCCAUAUUGUUACUUUUACCAAAUGCUGUCCAGUCAGCUAGUAGUUCUCAGAUGACCUUGUAAAUGGACACCAGAACUGAUACUGAUUUCUUGUGACUGCUCUUCCCAUCAGUUGGCUCCUUAGUUUGACCUAAGGGACUUCUUUUUGGAGCCCACAAGGGGCUAGCGAUCCCCCUCGGAAAGAGAAGCCCAGAGAGGAAGAUUGAGCCUUCUUUCAUUUGCCUUUAAUGUAGCAUAAAGUUGGUUUCUUCACUUGAUUUAUGUGCACUCAUGACAUUACGACACUGUGCCUUGCAUUGUCUUAUGCAAUUGUUUAUAUACUGUAGUCCUAAACAAAAGACCAGUUUUUAGUCACUGGUAGCAAGAGCUAGAACUUGAAUUAAAUCUUGAACUCAGUAGUAAAAUUAUAUUUAAUGUGAGUAAUAGUUUUAAAAUAUUAAUGAAUUAUAUGCGACAGAAACAUGACAGCUUUCUUUACCAAAACUUAAUGAAUGCAUUGUAAAUAUACAUGGAGUGAUUAAAUCUUGUAAUCAAACUUCAAUUGCAGACUGUUUUUGAAAUAAUCAUUAAUGGAAGUAGUUACAAGAGAGGUUUGGCAACUUUGAAAUUUUAAGUGACGUAAGAAUAAUCAAUGAGCAAGGUGUAAAAGCAUACCUGGCAUGUUGUUCUUAAAGAGUUUGUAUUGCUGUUCUUAGGCAUUUAGAUCUUUAUCUAGUUAAUGGAAUAACCUUUUCGAUCAUAAAAUUAUUUUUAUGACUAUACAUUCAAUAUGCAUUCACUGUAUCUGCUAAAUGUUUUAGGGGCAACAUGGUUGGCUUUAAAGCUAAUACAUAUGGACUAAAAGCCACAAAACUUAUCAUUUUGAUUUCAUUGGGCCUUUUAAGUGUUUAUUGUAAAUUACAGAAACAUCUCAGUAAUGGCAAUACACAUGUGAAGUACUUGUGUAAAAGACUAGCCUCUGGAACCCGUUUUGUUUGGGGGUAACUCACCCGAGUCACGCCAAAGAUCUCUACCUCUAACACGGUGUGAAAUAUCCACUUACUGAAUGCAUAUAUAAAUACUGAAUCUUCAAUCUAAUAAUUGGAUCAACAUUAUACA